GUAUGCACGAGAAACUGGCAAGAUAUAUUUUCCGUAUGAUAUUCGCACGCCAUGCGCUUUUAUCACAUUGUUUUAUGGUAUUCUUUACUCAAUUUUGUGACCAGUAUCGAGUAUUGUCCUAGUGGCACACUUGUUAUAGUAAAGGGAUUAAAACAAACAGAUGAGGACGCUGCAACCUGUGCACAUAAUCGUGUUAGACAAUCGCUCGCCGAUGGAAGAGUUGCAGGACAGCCACGGGCCAAGUUCAUGAAAACAAUGGUUUACGACCAGUUGCUGGCACAUAAAGCAACACCGGUUUCAAAACAAUGUACAAACAACCCAAUUGAUGUAAAAGACAGAAGAUGGCCAUGCGUUGGCCAAAACAUAUACUACACUUGCAGUGAUCGUUUUGACCCAAAUCAAUACUGGGAUGAAGCAGUAGAUUUUUGGUGGUCCGAAAAACAGUAUUUCGCUUAUCCAAAUGUAAGAGUGAGAAACUUGGAUGUUAGUCAUUAUAGACAGUUGGCAUGGGCAAAUACGGAUACAUUUGGAUGUGAUUUCUAUUUGUUUAUUAAUUCAGAUGAUCCAGAGCAUCCCUUUUGUAAGUUGUAUACUUGCAAUUAUGGUCAAUGUGCCAAUAAUCCAGGAUUUUCUGAUUUGGCACCAUACGAAAUUGCAUGAUUUAUCAAAAUAAUUGUCAAUACUCGUUAUAAUAAACCUGGAUAGUUUCCGAUGUUGAAAUCAUAA